ACACCACUUCCAAACGUUCAACACACCACCACCUUCACUUUUCUUCAUAGCACUCAAAAAACAACAACUCAUCUCAUCAUUAUUCCCUUUCUCACUCAGCACAUUCUAAACAGUAGCACCAUCACCAAUAAUAAUGGCAUCAUCCUCAUCAACCGUUGCUUUGAGAACCAUCUCCUCUUUCUCUCUGAAACCUGCCACCACAACAAGAUCAUUACUCAACACUAGUACUUCAUCCACCAUAACCCUCUUACCCUUUACAUCAGCAAACUCAUUUCUCUCCAAAACCCUCAAACUCAACACCUCUUCCCCACACUCUCACCUUUCACUACCCCUCAACAAGUCUUUCACUUGUAGAAGCCAGGCUGAACCAUCUUCUGACUCAGCCAAAGUCCAAGAACUGAGUGUGUAUGAGAUCAAUGAGAGAGAUCGUGGAAGCCCUGCUUAUCUUAGAUUGAGCCAGAAAACUGUCAAUUCCCUUGGUGACCUAGUCCCCUUCAGCAACAAGUUGUACUCUGGAUGUUUGCAAAAGAGGGUAGGGAUAACAGCUGGAAUUUGUGUGUUGAUCCAAAACAAAUCAGAGAAGAAGGGAGAUAUGUAUGAGGCAAUCUACAGCUUCUACUUUGGGGACUAUGGUCACAUUUCAGUGCAGGGUUCAUACCUGACCUAUGAAGACACUUAUCUUGCUGUGACUGGUGGAUCUGGCAUCUUUGAAGGGGCUUAUGGUCAAGUCAAGCUGCAUCAAAUUGUGUUCCCCUUUAAAUUAUUCUACACAUUUUAUCUUAAGGGCAUCAAGGACUUGCCUCAGGAGCUUCUUUCCAAGCCUGUUGAGCCCAGCCCAUCUGUUGAGCCUAGCCCAUCUGCCAAGGCCUGUGAGCCACAUGCUGUUAUUGCUGGCUUCACUGACUAAACAACAAUGACUCAAUGAGGAUCCACAUUUUUUUUGUUUCUUUUUUAAGGAAAAAAUUCGGUUACAGUUUCUUAGGUGUUGUUCUCUAGUCAGAAUUGGAGUUUUAUUUCGACAAUUUACGUAAUAAAAGUUUUCAUUAAAGGUUUAUACAGAUUGUCGAAGUGAGGCUUAAUUUUCAUAGAAGAACAGCACAAAUUAAAAACUGUUUAAGUUUUCUCCUUAAUUUUUAUUUUUUUUAAUUCUCUUCAUUGUUGGCUUGGUUUGGAGACACUUGCAACAAGUUCACAAUUUAACCACCUGUUACUUGUAUUGAAAUUUAUUAAUGUAGUAAUUGUGGGUCAAGAUGUCAGGUAGUAGUAGUAGAGUUUUUUAUGUUGUUGAAUAAUGAAAGUGACAAGUGAGGUUGGGUUUUGCAGUGAUGGAGAUGGGAAUUUAUAGAAGCCAUUACUGUAUUCUCAGGGGUGUUAGGUCAUAUAUUAUUCAAGAAAGUGUUGCACUAGCAAUUAUUGUUGAUCUACUGAAUCACGUGGUUUGAUUUUAUCAAAGAUCUUGUGAAUUUUUUA